AAUGCAAUGGCUGGUUGUACGGACGGACGGUGUGUUGUCGUCGAAUGUCCCGUGUUUUACUCUGGUUAAUCCGACCACAUAAUUUCAUCGUCUAAUGUGGCACAAGGGCGACAGUGGAAUGAACGCGAUGAAGGCGAAAUCGCUCUGAAAGAGCCUUCCGGAAUGGACGAAUUUAACUUCGCGCUCGGAGACGUUGUGCUGGCUGAAUGGGAAGACAAACUCUUCUACGCGAAAAUUCAGAAAAUUGACCGGGUUACUGGGAAAUGUAUUUUAAUCUUUGACGACGACUCUGUUGAGGAAUGUCCAUUCUCAAAGAUUCACAGUGGUUUGUCCUUAAUUUUUGUGCUCUAAUUUUUCUAUUCCCUCACGAAAAAAUCGAAAAAUCGGCGAUCAGGCGUCUUCAUGUAUGACACACGGAUCGCAUUUGCUCUCUCCUCUUGAUGUGGGAAGCAAUUAGCGCGUUUUUAUUUUGCCUCGGUAAAACUUCCUUUACGUAAUAUUGUAGAAGCAUUGUAAUUGGAUUUCUUUGUGUUGGUUAACGCUGCUUUCUGUUCCCUCGUAGUGACAGAAACGACAGCAGAAAUUGUGUGUAUUAUUUGCAAGGACGGCACUUCGCUGAAGCCAAACGAAAUCGUGCUAUGUGACAAGUGUGGAAUUGGUAAGUAAUUCUUCCGCGUCUGUUUUGUAGUUUCCACUUUCUGUUAGCGCAUCGCUGAGACGGAAGGAACUCGAAGCUUUCGUAACACUGUAAUCGCUUUCUUGCCUAUGUGUGUUUUAAUAUGUGAUGUAAAGAAAGGUCUUCCAUUAAAGAUCGCGGAGAAUCCACCUGCUUCAGUGGCGCUGUUGUUGUGAAAUUAGUAACAAGACGGGUUUGCUUGCAACGUGGAAUCAUUUAAACAAUAACUGCGUAAAACUGAACAUCUAAACUUUUAGUUUUUCUUUGCUUAAAGCGAUUUCAGCUAAACAGAUUCAACUGAAGGAGUAAAUUAUUCAGCCUAAACAGUUUGUAAACGAUUUUUAUUUCGCGGUAAUGACUUCACAUUUCAUGUUUGCGAGGAAGUCUUCUGUUGUCUGGUGAGAUAUUACCAAAAAAAACUUGCUUGUCAUGUGCUAGUCAGACUAAAAUUCCAGUAAACUGGCGAACCGAUGUUAUGAUAAAAUUAAAAUAGCAGAUAUGAGAUAGAACUGAUACAGGUCCUCUUUUAUUUAUGUGAUUGUAUUGAUUUCAAAAAAAUAAGAAUAUUGACGUAGAUUUUCAAUUUGCUCGAGUCAGACUUGUUCAAAAGAGCGCGAUGAGAUGACAAUGGUAUCCAAGGCAAGUGUCCGUGAUCAGUGCAGAAUUCAGCUCAGCCUCGGAAAUGGUUGCCCCGAGACAAACCGAUUUAAAGACGCGCAAAGUUUAAGCUCAUUCAUUUUGUAUUAUAGUCGCUACUAUAGUGUUUGAUAAGUUGGUUGUACGUUUCAUCAGUGGCUGCUGCAGUACUGAACUUUAAUGUAACCGUGGAAUUCAUUAUUCUUUCCAGAAGAGGCUUAUCGCUUACACGUUACGGAAAUCGUUUUCAGGUGUACAGUGUUAACAAUGUCUGAAAUACUUUGCAGUUGCAAGGCAUUUUUAAGUUUUCGUUAAUUAUUCUUUUUCUGUCAUGUCAGGUGACAGCCCUCGCGCGCAAGAUGAUACAAACUUGAACAAUGUUCAUUUUGUCUCCUUGAUCGAACGUUCGAUCCAUUAUCAGAAUUCAACUUCUUCUCGCUUUGACGCAAGCAUAAUUGGAGCUCACGUACAUUUUUACGCUUUAUCUAUUUUUUUUUUGUUAAACUCUUAUUUUUUGAUAUGGCACCCUUCACAGCAUUUAUGAUAUAGUGUUAGUCGCAUCAGGUCUAUUUUUAACAAUUGUAUUCCAAAGUCCCAGUGAUAAGUUGAUUAGUUUCUCAAUUGAACAUAUAAAAACAGUAGGGAAAGCUUGGUAUUUCUGAAUGCCGACUGCGUUGAGUUAUUACCUUGUGUUUCAAAUGCCUUAUUAAUUUAAUUUGUGGUCACAGUGAUUUUUGAAAAGAGAAAGUAGUUUUCUCCAAAAGAUUUUAGUCCUUCUUCUCAUAGACUGUAGCAUUUUCACUAUUUGACAUUUAUUAUGUUUCACCCACCCAGUUUUAGAGUUAAUAUGAUAUGACUGGCCAGAUCAAAGUCUUUCUAACACCUGCUGUGUCUGUAAGCAUUUAUUAUGUUCAGCUGGAGACUAGCUACUGUGCCAUGAUAACUGUACAAACUGUAGUAGAGGCUUGUCUAACAAACAGGCCAAAAUAAAAGCAGCUAUUUUUUAAAUGAAGUUUGCUGCUUUUAAAUAACCUUUUUUAAAGUCAACUCAUUCUAAUAAUACACAACUCACGUUUUGGUUGUGAUAGUGAUUGUGCUUUUAAUGAUGUUUAAUGUUUUGAUGUUCACUUACCUUGAUUAUAAAGCAUCAUUAUCUGUACUAAACUGUAUUCAAAUGCAUUUAACAUACAUAAGAGUUCAUUCAAUCAAUAUUGAAUAUAUUUUUUGAGAUGUGCCAAAUGAUUAAGGAAGCUGUUAAAAUUGAGAAAGAUACUGGAGAAAUUGAAUUAUAGACUUUGUGCAGUAAAGUAAGCACUUAUAUGUGCUAGCCGGAGAAAUUUUAAUAAAACCAUAUGACUGGAGGUAACCAAGGUUGGAGUGGUUGGGGGAAUGAUUUUGUCAUUCAUUCUUAUAGAAAUUCCAGCCCAGAAUUACUCAAGGGAUAAUAUUUAAGAAUAAUAACUACAAAAAUAAUAAUGAUAAGAAUAAGAAUAAGAAUUUAAAAUAUUACGAGAGUUGCUGCAGACCUUAGAAAACUGAUUGUUAGCUGAUCAACAUCCCAUCAAGAAAACCUGGGUGAAGAUCAGUCACUGGUGUGUUAGUGAUAAAAAAAUAACAACAAAAAUAAUAUAUUUAAACAUUUCUUUAGUUCCCUAUCCAAAAGCUAUCAGGUGCUUCACAAUAUAAGCUUCUAAAGUGAAAAUUAAAUUGAAUUAGAAAGGAACUAAAUUGCUGCCUUAUUCAAGACAAGAAAAUAAUGAAACAACUGUGAUGAAUAAAAAUAGUAAAUUUUAGGCUGAAUGAAGUUGUAAGAAUUUUUCUCUUGGUGAUAAUAUUACAUGUAGGUUGACCUAAAAAUUUUAAAUGCGUAUGAUUUUUGUCAACAUUUCAGGUACAAAAAGUAAGAUCUCAGCAACCGGCCCAGCCAGCCUUAAUAUAUAAAUACAUCAACAUUUUUAUUAUGGCAUAUAGGAAUGAGGCUUGCCUAUUUAUUCUGGCUUACUUGUGAGCAAUGCUGUUGUAAAGUGCUUCAUUAAAAUGUGUGACAGCAAAAGAUGGAAAAAAGAGACUACAAAAUCCUUCAAAGGCUUGAACUACUCACUUGCCUUGAAGCAAUGAGCAUGUGGAGUUUUAAGUGUUUCUAAUUUUCUUUGCAUUGUUACCAUGUCUGCUAGACACUUUGUCUCUCUUACUAAAAAGGUGAACUCAGGUCUGUAUAGUGUAUCACCAAAAGCUUGCCUUUACUCUGUAACCUGUUCUUCUUCUUAUUUUUUUUCCUUUCGCUUUUUUCCGUUACCCCUGUCUUAAUAGGCUGUUUCUAGACAUUCAUUUAAAAGUUUCUCUUACUAAAAAAGACAUGAACUCAGGUCAAAUUUAUGCUUAGAUUUUAUUGUCAGUUAACCUUUUUUUAGAGAAUUCAUAUUAAUUUGCAGAUUUCAUAUUAAUUCUCAGUGUAAAAAGUUACUUACAUUUUUUGUACAUUUCCUGAUAAAACACCAUUUGACUUGCUGGACCCCUCCCCCCCCCAGUAAAAACACUGAGUAUUUUGACCUUUCUCAUUGCUAAAUAAUAGUUAUCGGUUUAAUUUUAGCAUUUCCAUUAAAAUCUGACCAAAUAAUAAUUACUGAGUACUAUUAUGUUUGUGGCUGACGUUAUUGUUGAUAAGAUUUUAUGUAUUUGAUGGGUAGUUUCUGCAAUCCUUAAAAGCUCCGCCAUUUCAAAUAAUUAAUAUAACUCAACUGAGAGUUAAUAUUGAUUAUAUUGAUUUAAAAACAGAGGAUUUCUUGUAACGCCAUAUAUAUAAACACUAAUAUUGUCCAGAUUGUAAUAAUUACCUAUAUUGCAAAUGUCUUUAAUGGCCAUUGGUUAUGAAAAAGGUGUACAUUUUUCUUUGUUAUGAGAAAUGACUUGCAGUUUUCAUCUACAAUAUACUGAUAUUACUGUAGAACAGGAGUACACCCAUUUGUGCAUUAUUUUUCAGAGGAAAGUGUUAUUUGGAUAGGUAGAUGUAUGCACAAGGACAAUAAUAAUUAUUUUUACUGAUUUGGGUAAACUUUAAGUCAGAAAUUCUGUGUUGAAAGGCAAUUUUGAAUUGGAGUUAAUUUAACUGCCUAAGAUCAUGAACAUUUCAUUAUCAACAUCUAAAUUCUCCACAGUACACAAUAUCUCCUCUUUAACUUUGUUUUACAUACUGCCAUUUGUCUGUAUUGUUCUGACCAUGUCUAAAGUGGUAUUAAAAAUAUGGAUGGUAAUUUAAUGUUAUUGUACUAGGAAUAUGUGAAUCUUAAAAAAGUUUAUGGACAGGCAAGGCUGAAACUGUCUUUUCUUACGUAGAGCCAUGUAAGCCAUGCGUAUGUUCAUAUACAUUAGUCCCACCCCCAUUCCUGUGUUCACCUAUAAUGUAUCAGGUGCUGAUGCAAAAGAAUAUAGGGAUGGGUGUCUUCACACAGGUGUCUUCAUGCUGCACUGACUGUCCUUUUCUCAUUGAAUGACUCAAACUGGAGCAUUGGUGUCUUGGGAUAGGAUGAUAAUGCAUUGUUUCAGCCCACUGGUAGAUCUAUGGGAGAGGUGCGGGCACCCUAACUUCUUGACCAAUAAAAACCAAGGCUUACAAAGCAUAGGUGCCGAGAUACGUUGUUUCAGUUAGAGAGCAAGGCCCCUCUUUAUAAUUAUCGUAAGAUCCUGGCCUACUGCUGCAUUUAGUAGAUCACCAUGCUCCUGUCUUGUUUCUCAUGAUGUAGAUUAUAAGCUGAGAAAAUUGCCACCCCAUGCAUUGCUUUUCUAUCCUUAUGUCUGAGGUAGAAAUGUUUGAUGACAUCACACAAUGGACUCUACAAUCUUUCAGUCUACUAUGAGUAUCUACAUGUAUGCACUCAUGACUUCUAACCUUGCUGGAUAAUUGAUAGCUUUUAAAGCCCUUUGAUUGUAACUAUAUCUUCCCCUUUAUAUUUGGCCAGGCAGCCAUGUACGGUGUUUAAUUUGAAAUCAGUAUUGAAGCUGUCAGCUUCAAAAUGGUUCGAUAUCAGCUCUGUUAAAUUCAGAUGCAAUUAUCAUUGAAAUGACUUGGACCAGUAAAACCCUUCUGCAAGACUGUAAGUAGCGAUGAUGAUGAUGAUGAUGAAGCUGAAUUCUAAUUUCACUUUCUUCGUUUAUUUUGUUUUAUUCGAUGUUCUGUCAUGAAGAGCAUUAAGAAAAUCAAGCAACCCAUUGCUAACUGUUUUUCUGACAUAAUCACGCUCGUGAGUCGUCGCAUUGGAUUUGAGUUCAAGGUUAAUACACAGCAACAUAUUCCGUUUGGCGUCACCGGCCGAGAUAGGUGCGGCAGUCAGACUAACAUUAAAUUUUGAAAGCGUCACCCUUUACUCAAAACAUCAAUCAAAGCGUUCGCGCUUUGUAGAAUUGAGCAGUGCCGGCCUUUUUUUAAAGAAGCGGAGGCAGGAUAAAAGUCAACUGCUGUAUGGGUUUGUCAAAUUCGUAAAUUAGCUAGAACAUGGGUUUUUCAGUAGUUCAGGGCGAUUUAUGUGCACAGCUGCUCUUUCUACUGUGAGUGUUUACCAACUGUGCAAACCUUGUUCUGGUAAAUAUUCCCUUUUUUGCGUAGCAUUCGUAAUGAACAUUUCAACGUCUAAGCGGCAACCUUUGUAGGCCACAAAUCUGAGGAUAACAAAGUGUUCCAAGAGGAAUAGUAAAGCGUUUGAUGUAAACACCUAACUUCCUUCUUGGGAAGGAAUCGCGCCCUGCCACGCAAACGAGACACGCUCGUUUCAGUAGUAUUAGAAAGUGCCAGUCUUUGAACACAUAAAUUCUUCUUCCUGACGCCUACUUACAACAACAAAGCUUUCUUGGCUGCUUAGCGUUUUUAGCUGGUUGUGUAUUUUUCAGAUACUUGUAAAUUUUUUCCGCGCUAUUUAAACUCGCCGUUUGCUGUUUCAUGGUAGUGAUGCGCGCGCGCGUGUGGUAUGCUUAAGAGGAGCCGUACACUAUACAGCCUGCGUAGUUGGCGGUUUUUAUUGUAUGUGGUUUUUGUUUUGUGGUUCGUACGGUAAGCGAUACGGCCGCGCUAAACAAAGCCCAUCGUUUUCUCCUUUGACCUUGCGAACGUCCUUAUAAAUUCUAACCAAAAACGAAAAUCACACCGAAAAAACCGCCGGCAACACACUUUAUAUUCGCCGGGAUUCGGGCAGGCUGGUGUAGUUAGUCUAAUAGCAGAGGGAUUAAAACCCACGUGAUAUAGUCACAAAUGAACAUUGUAACUAAGUUUAGGCAGAUACCAAGUUGAAUUGUUACUCAAUUUGUUUUUAGAAGGUCAGUCAUUGAUCGCAUGCUCACCUCUCGGUCCGUGGAAACGGUCUAACAGACUAUUAAAACUGUUUAAAUGUGUUCAAAAAGACAAUUUUUAUUGUUUAUAUUCUUCAUAAAAAAUGACGUCAAAAUGUUCAAAACUUAGCAGAGAAACCACUCGCUUUGUCUCGAGGUUUCCCCGAAAAAAUUUUAAACAUUCUUUUGUCAUUUCUAUAUGUUCUAUAAGAGAUUAAAAGACGAAAGAAAAUUGUUGUAUAUUUAAUUUUACAACAAUAUUGGAAAUUUAAAAGUCCAUUUCCUGCGACUGAUAGAUGUGCUGGAGGAAAAUACUGUAAUGAAUUAAGGAAGGUAUUAAAGCAAAAGAGAUACCGAUUGGAGGUCUGCCAAUGAGUAUAAUAUCCCUCAGGCAUGUUACUGUUGUGUAAUAUGGACUACUGAGUAUGGCAGAUAUUAACAGCCGAUCAUUGUCUUGGGCCAGUAUUCAUUUUUCAGAGAUAAAUAGCCUAGAACGUUUAAAUCACCGUUAAAGCAGGUGAGAAUGGGGACGUGCUUUUGAUAAUCAGACGCUCAAUGAAGUUUCUUAAAAAAUGAGGAAAGCUUUUAAGAUGUUUAUCAUAGGUGUACAACAAGCUGAACACGGAACUCGGGGAACAAAAUUUUAGCGGUAUCUCAACACAACAGUUGGCUAUUUACAUGCGAAUUUUUCACUCUUUCUUUUCAAGAUUUUGGGGUCCAUCAUCUCCCCUACUAAGGCUUAAGGUUAUAAAUACAACGAUUGUUUGGGUUUAACUAUUUUCCUUUGCUUUCCCAUCCUCCCGUAACGAUUUUUGCGCACAAACCGGUUUUUGAUCUCUGACUGUUAUUCAACGACUCUUUUUCGGGUGAAUUAUUGUACUUCCAAUAACAAGCGAACUUGUUUUCCAUUCAAAACCGCCCUGUGUACUUGCACAAAAGACCACCCUGACAAAGCAUUGAUACAAUUCGUCUUCUUGUUAUGUGAUCACUGUCGCUUGAAACAAAAGCCCUUUUUUACCAAAUAACGGCAGCAGUAUGCGUGCACACAUAUUGAGGAAAAUUAAAGUUCUUUCGAAGCGGUCUGGUUGGCAUGGAAAUCCGUCCCGUGUUAUAAUUAUACAUUAGUUCUCACACACAAGCACACUGUUGUGGCUGCUUUCGAUCAUUGUUUUAAGUUGCUGAGAUAUCGCGGGGUUUAGCUGAUUUAAAAAGCGCUCACAGAGCACGGUGGAUGCCUCAAAGGUAGGCUGGUUUUUGGACCUUUAUUAGAUUGGCUGAUUUAGACCAUUAUUUUGUAGCCUUUACGCCUUUCUUGAAAAUUAUUCAAGCCGUAAUUAUGCUCUUUUAGUGUUGUACGUGUAUUUGCGUGAAUAUUUACAGUUUGUGUAGUUCAGAAGAGUUAGUAGGUCAAUAGUAAGUCGUAAGAUGGGAGAAAACUCCAUCCCUGCAGCUGCCGAUGAAAUCCGUGCUGAGUCUACUCUACGUAAGGCAAUUAUCUCCCGCAGCCCUUGCCAGCCAUGAGCUUAAGCAUUCAGCUCUAGAAACAAUAUGACAACUGACCCGGUGCUAUUUGUACAAAAUCUCCGACAUUAUGUGGCGUACGAAAACUGGUAGAUAUCAUUAUAACUUGUCUUAUCACCGUGUAUACCCACUGUGUCGCGGCCAUACGUGCAAGCGAACUGAAUGUCACCCGGUCAUGAAAUACGAGGCCAAUUGAAAAGUCGUACCUUUUUGGAUAUGUAGGUAUAUCUUAGCUUUAUCUUAAUGUCUUAAGUCUGAUAUUGCUGAAUAAUUGUCGACGUUUACAGUAAAUGCUUAUCUUGAGAAUAUUGAUAAUCAAUAAUAAAUACUUUCCUCAAACUGUAAAAAAAACAUAGAUCAGCUAAAUUUAAAAAUAAUCAGCACCUGCUAUAAAUCUAUGUGAAGUAAUUGAAAUCUAUCAAAGUUACAAAUGUACGAAGGUAACGAAUAGGAGAAGAGUAUGCACAACUAUAAACUAUGCAAGCCGUGCAACAUCGCACGCAAUGAUGGUUUUGACUUGAAGGUCUUAAAUUUACAUGAAAUUCCCGUGCCGGUAGUUCUUUAGGUAAGUUGUGCCUCUAUUCAUGCUGUGAAUAUGAAUGAAGACUGGCCUAUAGCAGAUUUUACUCAAGGCAAAUGAAUUUCUCGCGUGCAUGUCUUAGAUUGCUAACACUACAACUUUAAACAUUUGCGUUGUACAGCGCUAGUUGUUAAUGAUUCUAAACACCAGUUGUAGGCAAAUAUAUCUUGGCCUACUGGGUAACGUUAUAAGUUGUAGUUUGUCUCCAAUCGUUUGUGUGCAGGCAAAAAAGGUUUGCCCUUCUCAUAGCUUUAUUUUGUAACCUUUCUAUAGAGCCAGAUGCCCAUAUUUUGCAACUAUAAUCUAAAAUAUAAGGUAAAAUUGUAACUUUAUAAAUCUUUAGUAGUAUCAGAGUGGGACCUAGUAAAGACGAAAUUCUAUUUAACAGUUAAAAUUGAUGUGAAACUGUCAAAGGCAAACUGCAUUCCAUGUGACCAUGUUUCGUUACCAAGCAACGUUGCUAAGAACAGAGACUUUCAUUUAUCACCAGGAGACAUUAACCCCUUUGUGUGCUCAGAGGUGAUGUAUUUUUUGUUUCAAAUUAAAUGGAGAAUUUCUAAGCCGUCACGAACUAAGGUCAUUCUUCAGACAUCUUAGUAGCAUUCUGUUCGUUUUUUAUUCUUAACCUCAACUAACCACUUACAAAUUUUAACAAUUACCAAUCAAUUGCCCUGAAUUGAUUUGUAUGGAUUGUACUAGUAGAGUAGUGUAUAGGAUAUGUACCAAGAGGAAUUAAGGUAAACAGCAAUAAUUUGUUAGGUCUGUGAGGUAGAAUGUUUUGGUUGUAUACUUCUUAACUGCCCAUGCUUUCGAAGGAAUUCUGCCUGGUAGAGUUUGUUUCGUGGAAACUGUCGGUAGUGGGUGAGGUAGUGUGGCGGCGCACUGCUAGUGAAGGUUUAAACACAUGUCAAUAUUUGUAAGGAGGACUGGAUGGUGUACUGUGUUACAAAAUUGACAAGAAACUGUGCAACGCAAAUAAUUGUGUGAAAAUCAAAGUUUUGUCGAAAUACGCCUUGAAAAGCCUUGGAGGAAAUGCUGUUAGGAUGUAGCGUGACGGAGCGGUUCGCGCUUUGGACUUGCAAACUGCACACAAUGUAGAGGCCCCCUAGUCCAAUUGGUCUGGCUAAUUCGACUAAUUGUCCAACUAAUGGUUUUCACUCAUUUACUCGGCCCCUCUAGCCUUUGUGCACACAAAUACUACCAAGGGUAAAAGGGGAAUUAUUAUUAUUAUUAUUAUUAUUAUUAUUAUUAUUAUUAUUAUUGUUAUAAUCAUGAUUGGUAUUUUUAUUUGGCAUCGACAAAAAGCAGCAACAUCAUAUAAUCAAAAAUGUGAUAAAUGUAGCUAUUAGAGCAACAUAUUAGAUCUAGGAAUCGGGAUAGCCCAGACUUAAUGCAAUUUUGAUUUUUUUUGUUGAAUAAUUCAAUCUCAAGCAGCCGAUUAUAAAUUACCUAUACGUAGCGAGAUUAACAAUUGUACAUUCAAAAACACAAACAAAGUUUCCAUUAUUAUUACUAUGGCAGUACUUUUUAAGAACUAUGCCUGACAUUCGGGAUCUAUUAGAGCCAUUAGAGAAUGCAAUAUCUCAUAUGCCCAUUCCUGCGAUUACUGAGCGCAAGUGUAGUCAGCUGGAUAGGAAUAUUCUAGCUCUGCCAGUUCGGUUGGGUGGCCUGGGCCUGGGAAACCCGUCCCUUAAAAUACGCUUCGUCAGUCAAAGUAACAGAGCGCCUUGUUGAACAAAUCGAAUCUCAGUCCCAUCAGUUACCAGAAGAUUCCCUCACAAAAUCAGCAUAACAGGAAGUAAGAAGUGAAAGAUUAACUUAUAACUUUAUGUGAUUUCUUGGAAUUUUGAAUUGUGAAGGGGUUUUGCCGCAAAUUUGUAUUGAUAUGGACGUUUCUUUUUAUGAAUAUUUUACUGAAGUUUUGUGUGUAGUUUUUAUAACAUUUUAAUAAAUUUUUUUCACCUUAAUUUUUAUCACUAUGGUAGUAAACACUUCUGAAUGCCCUAAAGUGAAAAAAUAGCCACACCGGGUGCAUUGCAUAACCUGUGGGCUAUAUCUAAAAUCUGGAAAACUCUUAAAAUCUAGAUAUUAUGUAUGAUCCCUAACGUGUACGUUAAAACCUGCCUACAAUACAUUAAAAAUGUUAAGAAAAAAAUUCAAGUUCCUUUGCCAUUUGUUAAAAAAUACCUAAAAUGUGUUUAAAAAUUGCCUAAAAUGUAUUAAAAACAAUAACUAAAAGUUACCGAAAAUUUAUUGAAGAUUGCCAAGAAGCACUUUAAUAAAGUCCCUAAAAAUUGCUAAAAAUUGCUUGACGUCUUAUAAGAUAAUUAUAAAUUUCACGUCACCUAAAAAAUGGUUUAAAGCUAUGUGAGGAUUUUAAACGAUCUUGCAAUGCUGAAAGAAUGUGAGAAAACACUUUUCUGCAUUUUCUUAGUGUCUUACUUUCUGGCCUUUCUCCGAUCAGUGCCUUUAUACUCUUAGCUUUGUUCAUAGAUCCAUCUCCCAAUACAUAAACAAUGAUAUUAUACUGGGUCACUUCAUAGCUUGGAAACUGCCUCUUGAGUUCAAAACGAAGUGGCGCAUAUUUCAUGGUCUUCUCCUACACCUUUGCUUCUCUGUUUUCCAUCCAAAGGGCAGCUCAUUUGGAGUAGUGUGACGGUCUUUGACUUCAGUACUCUCGGUAUAGUUUAACCCAGGAUUAAGCCAAAUUUAAAUUAAAGCAAGGUUUGCUCGUCCAAGAACAUGUAACUUAAGCUUACAAAGCACUAUUAAGCCUUUACUCUGAGAUACAGUAAUAAAAUCACAAAAUGUUACUGUAAGCAAUGUAUGGAAAGUUAAAUACAAAAAGUAGGAACAAAUUUUUAAUCCUGGAUUAGCGCCGCUAAUCGGCCUUUGAGAACGUGUAGCAGGUACUCCUCUUAUUGUUGAAGGGCUGUUAAGAACAUCUGAGGAAACACCAGGCAAAUACAAUUUCUCGUUGAACCAAAGGGCGUGGCCAUACAAUUGGCGCGGAAACGUAGUACAAUUUUUUUCGGAGGCAGACUUUUCGUUGUUUUGACUUGAUUCGACUAUAAUAACAUCUUACUUUCACAAAAUAUGUCUGUAGCAAAGGAAACGUUUGUUUUCCGUAACAGUGUUGCUAGUUAAUCAAGGAUCCUCUUGCGUGCUUGAAACGUUGUGAGCGACUGAAGAAAGGAACCUUAAAGGUACUCAAGUCUCUUUGCUGUUGUAGAUUAGGCAGGCUUUUCCAGGCAUUUAGAUAGUUUGGACGGCGCCGCGGUCUGGUAAAGGCUAAGAUAAGAGGACACGUGACUCCAGGGAUGGUCCUACCUCAGAACUUUUUAUCUAGUCAUAAGUAAAGAUUGUUCUUUCGAUAGCAUUGUGACAAUUUUCCUUUCUAGAGUCGGUUCUGUAUAUCACUCGUUUCCAGAACUAUGACACAUGCUUUGUUAUUCGCCAAAGUGUCGUCUUUCGCGACUUUUGACAGCCCAUCAGAGCGCGACCAAAACGUCGUCGGCUUUGUCCUCGCUAUACUUCUCUAACUGAUCCUACAAAUUGUAAUAACAUUGUUUGACAAUGCGUAACCCUCUUACGAGGUUCCCACUUCAAUCUUCCAUUUCACGACUUGACAAGUGGUGAGUAUUGGACGUGACUGUCAGGGUUAUUUAAUACUAACCACUGGUAUAACAAAAAGUUCAAACCCUCGUAAAAUGUUGGAGUCACGUUUUCGUCUUUUGCCAUUUGGUAAGCAGAGUUGGCGUAGUCGAAUCAGUGAUUCUGAGUUAGGCCAGUGUACCGCCCACCGCAUCUGACAUCGCUGUCAAAGUUUUGGGUUUGAUUCUCGGUCGCGAUGCCCACAUGUUGGUUCUCGGCCCUGCUCUAAGGUUUUUCCUCUUUACUCCGGAUUCUAAGGUUUUCCUUCCUCAUAAAGAACGGAAUUUGCACGUAAAUUGUUUGUCAGAUCGCUAAGACUAAUUAUUCUAUUAGUUAUUAUUAUUAAUAUUAAUGUUAAUAAUAAUACUUUAUUAUUAUUAUUAUUAUUAUUAUUAUUAUUUUUAUUUUUAUUAAACACAUAUUUAUUUCGUGAUUUUUUCGUUACUUUAGUUACUUUUUAUGUCGGUUGUAAACAUUAAAGUGAAAACUUUCGAAAGCCCGGCAAACUGGAGUAAUUAAGCGGAAAGCACCAUGUCGAGUGAAAAUAUAGCGCAUAAUAUUUCAGGUCUCCUCGCUAUAAGAGGAACGACUGAAUUUAGUCAGUUAUUGUGUCUUUUCAGGAACGGAGUGAGCCUCAAGCGAUUUGUUAAAAUGUUGCCAUGCAUGUUUUCAAUACUUUUAGAUCGCUCUUGAUUCAUGGUAUUUUUAUUUUGGUCAAAGGCCGCAGCGCAUAAACCUUAACAAGAAAAGUGACGUAGAAAGAAAUGCUAGAUUUCGUACUGGUGGGGAAUUUAUGCUUCUAACUAUUUUGUAACUGUACUCGUUUAAUCGCCUGCCUCUUGAUAUACUCUUAUACCAAGGUUCCUUCUUUCCAAUAUCUUUUUGCGGUGUUUAGAAAAACGGAUUACAGGUUUUCCGCUUUUCCGACGGCUUGUGACAAGUGAACAGGAAAAGAAGUUUUCUUUUACGGUUGUCGUCAUAUUGUGACUCUCGAAAUAUACUUUUCCCGUUUCUGGUUCAAUAUUUGCUGAUGACAUUUGAUCGGUCAUGAAUAUCAUCUAAUUUUUUCACGUUUUUAUUUCAUUCCAACUUAUUUUUCGCCCAGAUUCACCGUCCGUUAAGACCAUACCGUAUAAUUUUUUUCAGAUAGGGCAAUUAAAUGUUUUAAAAGUUAAAAAUGUGCGUUGAAAGUGGAAGAGUCUUUGCUCGCUUGUCAUUCGGUGUAAAGUUGACUUAGUCGCCAGUGUAGGGAAAUAUUUAUUACCUUUGUCAAAACAGUUGACAGCGCGCUCUCUUAGUGGCGGAAAUAAAUGGCACUUGCAGAACAGGUGAAACGGUUGUAUGAACUUUAUGUGAACAGACCCUCUGGCUUCACUUUGUUUGUGCCUAAUCAAGGAAAAGAGUUUUUCAAUUUUGCUCGUUCUUUGUGGAAAACAAACAAAAGCGUAGAGGUUGCACAGAAGUGAAGGCAGAUGGUGCUGAAUCAAUGUUGAGCUGUGUCAUUGUGAAGUGUGUUCCUAUUGUCCCAGUUAUCGUUAGUCUUUCCUUGUCAAGAGACGCUCUGAUCUCCAUGAACAAAAGCCCAGUGGGAUUCCUUCCUGAAUCAGCUAGCAUUCUAUGAUGGAGUUUCUUGUUCCGUGAAUCCGUGCGAGAGUUACUUUCAAUAUGGCUCGAAAGUACGUCCUCUUCCGGCUAUGAAUACGGAGCUCGCGCGCAACCACUUUUUUUAAAAUUAUUAGCGUUUGCAAACGUCGCUUGCAAUGACUUGAUUUUUUUGUCGGGCAAAUUGUAUGAUUUCUUGGCAACUAUUGUGUUAUUUAGUUUUCAAAAUUUACAUUUUUUUUGGCUUUUGUUUAAGGGUUAUCCGUCAUCACAGUGAUAUCCGUACUUGAACGGAAGCUGUCUAAAAUGGCCGGUAGAGCAGAACGAUUUUGUGGACGAACAGUGACUGAUGUACUAUUUUAAGUGGGAUAAAUCUUUCCCAAAUAAGUUUUCGUUAGACUUCGUUAAGUUUGUUUUGUUUGUCCGUUCGUGAUGGACAGUACAUUAGCUUUUGAAAGUUUCUCUAUCAACUCGAGCCCUUGUUUGAUCGCUGAUCAACCCUUUUUAGUACAAAACGAACUCCUUCAAAUUACUCGCGCUGGAGAUCAACCGUAAGACCACUAAAGGUCGAAUUAAAUUUUGCACUUGUAUAGCGUCGACUGCCACACAACGGAAACGAGUUUCGCGACCAAUUUCCUGUAUUUCAGUUGUUCUGUGAGCUGUGAGUAUACACCUGACAGAGACAUACAAACACAGGUGAUGGUGAUUGGUUCAGUUGUGUGUAUUGACGUGUUUCCAGCUUAUUACCAAGAAUUCCUCGCUUCCUUGACAGCUCAUAAGCAGCCUGCUUUCUUUCCCCUUAUUUUAUCUGUUCCUCUAGUAAACACUUCACUUUUCGAAUAAUUGCCGCUGUUUACUUAGAUCGAACUCGGCCAUUGUUCUGCAAAUGGCCAUUAAUUGAACGAAAUUAUGUUCAAGCGAAAGUUGGUCUGCUGUUUCUUCAGCUGCUGUACUGUCCAGUGGUAGCUAGAGUUUUGUUCUCGUAGUCGAGACGCGCGCUUCGCCUUCUUUGCAAGUUUUCUACAAACAGCAAGUCAGUUUCUUUUCGCGUGCUGGGGAAAUGAAAGCAAGACAUUUUCACCCAUUUUAAAACUGUACAUCUCUUCGAAAAUCGAGUAAGUCAAGCUUCGUUGUUGACUGAUGUUCUGUAUUUUUAAUCAUUUCAAAAAGAGUUGUCGAUAACAUUUUCUCCAUUCGCAUUAAUUUGUCGCUCUUUAUCGUUUUUCUCGCCAUUUUUUACACUCUCCAAGCGAAACCGCGGUUCGAUACCCUAGAUCUCCAAAAACAGCCGCUCAAAAAUGCUGCAGGGAAAAUGAUAGUCCGCACAAAAUCCGCGAAUAUUAUAUCUUUUUCGCACACGUGGGUUAGGACGUUUCGUUGUUUUUUUCUGUGGUUCGUAGAUAAAAUGUGAUAUAUAUAAGUGACUUCUUUCCCGUUUCUUGCUGACGGCAGGUAAACACCUCAUGGCGAGCGUAACUUAAGUAUAGCGUGAAUGCGCCUAUAUUUGAAAAUUUGCUCAGUCAAGAUGGCGGCAGUGAGGUGUUUACGAUGACUGUCUGUUAUGGGCAGGUGCUUGUGUGGGACAAAUGGCACCGACUAACAGCGACUAGUCACCACUAAUCUUGACGAUCGAAUUUCGAUCGCUAGCAGAGCACUGUUAACUUUUAGGAAGUGAGAAUAUAUUUUCGACGUUCCCUACUUGUUGGGGAUUUUUCAUGUUACAUUCUUUUUAUCAUUUUUCGCUGUAAAGUGGCCCGCGAUUGUUUCUCUGUUGAUGUCAAGUGAAGUGGUACAGCGUUUUGAACGAUUUAGCCUCGUGGGUACUGCAUUUUCGUCCGACGCUUAUUUAACAAUUUUGAAGAUAUAUAUGAUUGAGUAUUAUCGACUGGAUGCGAAUUAAUUUUGUGGCCAUUUAAUUUUCUUAUUCAUCUUGAGCUUUUGGCGCCUAUACAGACUAAAAUUACUGCUAACACCGGCAGAUUAGUGAAGUAGUUGGCGGUAAAUUACCCCUUUAAUAAUAGCGGCUCAAAUUCAAUUGCAGUAAAUUUUACUCUUUUAUUUUCAGGAUAUCAUCAACAUUGUCACGACCCAGCGAUCCCCGCGACCGCUCUUGAGUUUGAUGCGCCUUGGAUGUGUGUGUAUUGUUCAAUAGGAGCAUUUUGUCCUUAUUUGGAAAAUCCAUUUGAGAGUAAAUCCACGAGAAAAGGAGUUAGAAAGACAAGACUUCACACGGUAAACUUACUGGGUUAUAUUUGUUACUUAAUUUAUGCUAAGUGAGGCUCGAAUGACUGAGGAAAUCCCAUCCCAAUAUAUUUGCAGAGCUGUGUAUCUAAGGAACUGGCGCGUGAGUCCGGAUAUUCAAUAUUCUCCCGAAGGAAACAAAUCCGAAACAUCUCUUUCUGCGACAAAAAUGAAAGGGAUCAUCUCGGGCAGCAUUGUCGACAAAUUUCAAAAAAUAAUUUCUUUCCGUUACAAUAUGGAGAUUAGACAUGAAAUUUGUUUUGUUGGUGUGAGAUUAACCACACAUCUGUGCAAUCUUCCUGUUCAGCUUGUUAAGGUGUAAAGCUUAAAAUAGCAAACCGCUGUUUAUAGACUACGUCCAGUUCAACAACAGUGAACCAACUGUUUAUUGAUACCUCUUGCUUUGCUAAUGUACGUAAACAUCAGGUUUUAGGGGAAUGCGUUAGGUUUCGUUGGUAGGGUUGCGUUUUUUGUUUAGUUGUGAACAAAUGCCUCGCUACAAUCAACGACAAAAUCCUCACUACGGAAAAACGUGCAAAAUUUGUAAUAUCCUGUAAUUUGGAGGAGACCUUCUUAAAGCAGAGCCACCUUUAUAAAUUCCUCGCAGUUCCUCCUCGCCCACUCUAUACAAAGUAAACCUUGUUUGUGAGGGGGGAGGGGAUAGGCAUAUAUGAUUUAAAAAACGUCAAAAUAUGUCCAUGAUUGUGUUUUUAUGCUAAUAGAACAAUUAAGCCACCUAUCUACCGGUUAACUCCUGCUCAGAAUAACAAAGACAGAGAAAAAUGAUCAUAACGUAGUAGAUAGGAGAUCAUUUGCCGUGUAAUUUCAACAACAACACACUUUAUUUAGAAACUGAUAUUUACAAUGUGAAUAGUUACUACCCACAAAUAGUUGAAACUAGUCGAGGCAGGUAUGAUUACGUUAGGCUUAUUACAACAUGGGGAGAUAACUCCAACAACUACUUUCAGAGGAGAGUUCCAUAUUAAUUUUUGUAUGUAGGAAUCCCUGCGCACAGCCGACGUUGUAACUCUCACAAAAUUAUAAGUUUACUUUAAAUGAUUUUGAUUCCUUACUUUUUUGUUCUGUACUUCGAUAAUCGCUUAAACGAAAAAGGUUGAAGUUGAACCUGCUGUGUAUCACCUCACGUCAGCAAAAGCUGUUAAAAAUUCUGUUAAAAAUAAUUGCAGCCCAAUGGCUUGCCUAUUCCUAGUAAAUCCGGCACCGUAACAGACGUGUAGCUCAUCCGAGUGUCAGUAAAGCGCUUUCUAUUUUUGUGAUUGAAUCCUUCUAUCAUGAUACCAUGUUGAUAUUGCCACAGUCUUUUUACUAUCAUGUAGGCACAACUUUCCUCAAAUCGGAAAAAAUAUCAUCCGGCCCCUUUCAAUUCGCGAGAAGAUCAUGGGGUGACUGAAGUGCUGUUACUAAUAUCAUAGUCAUUAUUUUUAUUAUUAUUAUCAUCACCAUUAUCAGUAUUACUAUUAUUACUUGUGUAUUAUAUGUGUCUGACAGAGUUUCGAUUUUACAAAACUUUUGUUAUCAAUAUGCGUAAUGUUGUCUAUGGCCUUCGUUAGGGUGCCUUUAUAAUUCCAUGUAUUUAGCCACUUUGUGAGGGAGUGGCCUUGUUAAUCCUCUUAAACUUUUAUGACCCUUCUUAAUUGAGUUAAUUCACCAAAUAAUGCUGGCUCUAAUAUCUAGUAUCUCAUAUCGCUAAUAUCAGAUAUCUAUCUCUAAUAUUUUAAGUUAAUGAUAGAGCAAGAUAUAUAGACAACCACUUUUUUCCCCAAAACUCCUGUACAUGUUCGAUGGAAAAACUUUUGUACUUAAUCAUCAAGUGAAUUUACAAGCAUUGAAUACAAAAGAGCUUUUUCUGAGUUAUAUUGAUUUACGUCAGGUUAUCACUGGUCAACAAAAACUCAUCCAGUUAUCAGAUUUUUAACCCCUUUAUGUUUCAACCUCAAAAUAAAUUAAAGAAACAUGUAAAGUAGUUCUUUUAUUGCACUUUUUAACGAGUGGCCUUUAAAAUAACUGAAAAGCUCAGCUCAGCAGAAUCUUUGGCAAUACUUUCGCAAAAUUUGCUUUUCACUUUUUUGACUCUGGGAAGGUAUACGCUAAACACACAACUGCGACAAAUUAAGAAUAGUCCUUCAUGUAGAAGGUUAUCAUUUGCUCUUUAAAUAGGUGGAUACCCAAGCAUCAUUUUUUUUUGUUUACUUAUGUUAUGGAGGAAAGUAAAACGUUAAUGGGUACAAGCAGACUUAUCGGCGCCACUUUCCUAGACAUUUGACACGUUUUAAAUGGAUGCAAAGCAUUGACACAGUUGUGAUACUUGUUCAUUUGAGUAAAAGAAAAAAGUUUUUACAUCCGAUAAGUAUUUUAUAUAUUCAUUUUCAUAUGGUUUGUUAUCGUCCUCGAUGAGAUUUUGCAAAAAACGAGAACGAAAAAUGUUUAAAAAGAAGCUGCAAUUAACUUCUUGUCACGAGAUGAGGGCAAAAAAAUCUCGACUUCUCUUUUCCCCCCUAAAAGGUUUGGAAAUUCUACUUGUGUCACAUAAACCCAACGGCUCAUCUUUGCUAAUUAGGCACUGGCGCUCACGCGUAGGGAUGCCGUCAGGAGCCCAUUCCUGCGCAGGUUCAAACCGCGAGGUUCAUUACAUUGUUCUCGUUCCGUUACCAAACUUAAAAUUUCCUGUCGUUCUUUCGCUUUAUGUUUAACCCCUUAUAUUUAAACAUUUAGACGAAGUUUGCUAGCAGAACUUUUGUAUGGUGCUUUUAGUUUGUCCGAUGUCCUAUAAUAAUAUUCGAUAUGUUUUUGUAUAGGUCGGAUAUUUGGCCCUUGAGGGAACAGAAGGUCUAGUAUAGAACCUUCUCUUUGUUCUUCGUAACAGAUAGAUCCACAGCUUGAGUAAUGAAAACCCUUAAUUGUUGUUUCGUUUCCUUUGGUUUUUCUAAUUAAUGUCUGUAUUUUUACAAUGUUUUUAGAAACCCACUGUAACAACUUGAUAGCUGUUUCGGUUUUGCUAGGCUUUCAUCCGGUUUUAUUGACAGACGCUCCGUACUAUCAAAAGCAAUAACUGACAACAGUACGAAGCAUGGUAAACUAAGGAAGCACAUUACAAUACACGAGAUUAUAUUAGAAAAAGUAACUGGUUGAGUUUUAAAACGAGACGUGGAUGAGGGCGUUUACCUCUUUAUUUAUGCUUAAGAAUAUGGUAGAAACAGAAUUCAGUAAAGAUUGCUUUUUGAGUCAGCAGUUCGAUGUUGUGAAUCCUAGCUAGCCCUUGUAAGGUGUUGACAGCCGUAUUUUAUUCAUUUAUCUAUUUUUACGUCGCUAUUUACGAUAUCGCAAUUCUGCAAAAACUACUGUUUUCCAGUUUACAAAAAUCGGUGGUUUGAGUACCGUAUGACACUGUAGUGAUGCCUUUUCCCUUGAACUCACACUGGCAGUGACCUUUUAUUUUCCCUCGGUGUUCCUAUCAUUAACUCAACAAAACUGUUUUACGCGGAAGUCCAACUAGGGUUAAAAAGUCACAAAUGACUAAGUAGGAAGGAAGCUUGUAAAACUGUACGUCUAGUUUUACUUUCCCUCGGUGUUCCUACCAUUAACUCAACAAAACUGUUUUACGUGGAAGUCGAACUAGGGUUAAAAAGUCACAAAUGAUUAAGUAUGAAGGAAGCUUGUAAAACUGUAAGUCUAGACUGGUCAAGACCAUAAAAGGUACUUUUCAAAGAACCUCAGAAGUAAUUUCAAACUUUUGCGCCAUUGCAUUGUGUGAAGAGGAAACAGAUUGAUGCCAAGACUCUCUCUUGUACUCUGAGGCGGUUGGAAAAAUCUCAGCAGGUCAAUGGAAGUAUUGUUAUUCAUAAUGUUAUACAUAAUGAGCGCUUUAAUUUGUGCCUAAAACGCUUAUCGGGUGUGAUCCAUUUAAGACUGGCGUAUGUCAUCGGAGUCAGAGAUGUUACAAGGGAGCCUCCCUCAGGCUCUCUUUGUAUCGACUGAAGACCAUUUUUUUAGGUGCGUUAUUAAAACUGCUCUGAUCUCUAAGUAACAUUUCAGUUCGUAGGUCACGAAAAUCUAAUUUGACUUUCAGGGGUUUUUGCAAAUCUUAAACAUUAAUCCGUAGCUAAUGUUCUUACUGAUUUGCUGUACAAACGGCCCGCCACUCCUGGAUUUUUUUUCUUUCUGUUAAGUUCGGCACGAAACGUGAUCAAGUCACGUGUACUCGGAAAACACUCUGGAAAUCAAGUUUUGAAAAGGAUGAGUGGAAUGAUGCGGAUGGGCUCGUUUUGGCCGAAGUCGAGUCACUAGAGGCUAAACUUCACUCCAUACCCGUAACGUGAAGUAAGUUCGAUCACACUUUUUUCGUUCUACAUUUUUAAACCAUCACUCAGUACCACUGGAGGUAAAAAUCGGAUGUAAUAUUUUCUUGUUACAAUUUAUAAGCAAAAAUGCUAGUAAACUUUAACUGAGGAGAUUUCGUAAUUUAGUAUUUCAUUCGCAGACUCGUUAGAACCUCUUCUUUCAACGCAAAGGAAAGAGCUGCGGUCUUAGCUUUGCGCUGGGUUGAUCUGAAUAAACGGUGGCACACGGUUGUCACACUACAUGUAUACACGUAGGAUAUGUCUCGUACUAGAGGGCCGAAUAGUAAGGACGCUGUUAAACAAUUUCAAAAAACCAUUCUGCUUAGUAGUUUUCUUUUAAAUGAUGAACCUUCAUGUACUCUAGGGCUUUACCCGGAGACAGUAAACGUAAUUGUCUAGUGGAUUUAUUUCAGUCAUGGGUGAGGUAAACAAGGUCACGUAUUUGUGUUCAAUUCAAAUAAAUAGUUGCCAGUGUGUUUUGCGUGAAUAUUUUCAUAUCUUUUUUCCAUUAUGUUUUCCUUUAGUUAUCGUGGCUGUCUACGUUAAAUUAUUUCAGUUUCUGUCUAUUCAGAACUGACCAAAUACCAGUGAAAAAGGAAUUAUAUAGUGCGAUAUUCGCGUGCGUGCCUAAGCGUCUCAAAACAUCCUUCAUACAGGAAAUCGACAAGAGGCAUUUAAAAAUAACACGAACAAACUGAUAGACAAUACAGCAGCAUAUAUUAACUCAUGGUAAAUUUAGCUUCAGCUCUACCGCGUGUUGGUAGUUCCUUCAGCGCUGAAUUACAUGACACGUUGCAAAGGUUAAAAUUUGAGCAGAUUAAGUUUUUCCUGUUGUGCUGUUUCCUUGCAGCCCGGGUCUAAAAUCAAAUCGGAAAGAAGUCUAUAACCACCACCGUCUAAGCUUCAACUAAUAAAAUGGUCACCUUUAACCUCAAGUAUUUUAUUUUUUGAAAUAAAGCGAUGUCAUAAUUGGAAGGCCUACACGUCCCGGAAGAACAUCAAUAUUUAACACUUGCAAAGCAACGCUGUAAUCGAGGAGCAUUCGGGCUAUCUUUUUGCUGUUAUGAUUUUAAAUGAAAAAUCCAGCGCCAGUUUUGUUUAGGCUGUCAUUUUUCUCAAAUUAUAGAGUCAAGAGUGAAAAAAAAAAAUGGUAUGAUGCAAUAAAACUUUAAACCACAGUACAAAGGAAUGCUGAUACAUCUACAACAAUUCAUUAUUUGACCUCAAACGUGAUGCUAUUAAGUCCUUCUAGGAGUGGUUUUAGCUUUGACGGUAUGAGGUGAAAAUCGUUAAUUCCUGUUGUUUCAAGUAUUUUUUUGUUUUCUUUAUUUUUUCACUCUUCUUACAAGAUAUGCGGUGAUAUACAAAGAAGAUUGAUACUUGCUGUUCUAUUGUAUUUUUAUACACUGAGCGACUGGUCACAGCUGCGUGCGUCAGGUUGCACCUUUUAAGGCCUUAUUUGUUGCAGUCAUUUGCUGAAAGAAAUGACAUCUGCCCGAAGUUCUCGAGUUGAAAGCACGUUUUACUUGUAAACCUGUUUAACGAAUACUCUGUAGUUAUUCAAGGAAAACGCAAGGCACAACACAGCACCUUGAGUCGGAUAAGUGAUUUAUCUCCGAAGGAUAGUAUAUCUCAUCACACGGUCGGGCCAAUAUCGGCCUCACCACGUUGCUGAAUAUCGCGGUAUUGUUGAUAAAUAAGUGCCUGAGAGGUUAAUAUCUGCUUAUUGUAUUUGUAGUAUUGUUGCACCGAAUCGAAACAGUAUUGUAUGUUUUUUUUUGGCGUAAACAAAACUGAGUUACUUGGUGUUAACAUUAGAGGCCUCUGAUCCUGUUAUUACACAAUUUGAACAAAGUUUUUUAAGUUUGACAGGCUUUUCUGUUAAUGGAUAGACUUUGAACUUUUUUGCAAUGUUAUUCUAAAGUUUUAGGGUCGAUUGUAGUGUCAUGACACUCUUUGUUGAUGUUUGAAGUUUUCUUCUCUGUUUCAUUUGGCGCCGGUAAGAAGAUAUCAGACGAACUCUAAAAUACUGAUAAUGUGGGUUUUAAGUAGCUCUUGAAAAAUAUUGCUUAAGGAGUCAAACAUGUGGAGAUAUUGAAAGCUGCCAUUACUGAUAGAGGUAGUCGUGAGUUAAAUAGUUUUGUUUCCAAAAUACUUAAUCUUCACUUUGUUUUGGUCUGGAACUUUGUCAGUGUAGCCUCUGAAACGGGCUUUUUGCUGAGUUGAUUUAAUCGGAAUAUUCAGACUCCAUUGGCAGGAAACAGUCUUUCUAAGAUACUGAACAUUGAUAUGCCUCUCGCUAAUAAUUUUUAUCACCGCAAAAGCACGCUCAUUGAACCAAGUAUGUUCAGUUAUUAUUUUGUUAGUCUCACUGGAUACUUGUUUAGAGUGACUCAGCAAUCAGUCGCUGAAUAGUCAUUUCGUUUUAAACGUUGCGUCUAAUCAUUUUCCCUUUUAUUUUUUCAGCUCAAGACGGGAGAAUCUUACAUAAGUUCGGGAAAUUCUACAGAAGACGAAAAGGAUUUGCCAAGAGAGAAGGGGAGUGAGGUCAUAACCUCACGCGAUAUGUCGAGUUAUUACUUGUCUUCGCACAUGCAUCAACGAGACGGUUCUAAGCCGCGAGGAAAGCCUGCGUUCGGCCACAAAUCCAAAUCUACUGGGGAUAAACGUGGUCGCGGGACAGGAAGACCCUCAGGUCGCCCGGGUGUUCGUGAUCGCGAUCACUAUUCUGAUCGUAACUCUGAGUUAGAUUUAAAUCCGCAACGUAAAGGUUCACAUCAUUAUCAGAGACAUGGAAACGAUGUUUCGCGCCAUUCGGGGCGAUAUGGAUCCCCUGUACGUCGUCUCGGAGAAGAUUCCGAGGCAAGAAAAUUAUCUCCGACCAGGGAGUCCAAAAAAUAUCCGCAAGUGGACGAAAAUAAAGGAUCUAAAGUUGUUUCACACAGACGGGACGCGCCACGGGAAAAACAAAGACUAACUCAGGAUUUAGCGCGUCAAAAGAGACUUCUCAGUGAAGAUAUUGCUCGCGCAGAACUUCUUCAACGCGAGCAACUAAGCAAGAAAUACUCUGACAUGUUUGAGAACAGGAAAGAAAAUGUUGAUGCCGAUAGAGUAGCCGAGAUGGAUGAUGAGGAUGUGUGUAAGGAAAACGUAAACGUGGAAUUGUGUAAUGAGGGGGACAGAGAGCGAAGUCCUUCCAUGUACGAGCGUUGUUAUGGAGAAUAUUCGCCUGAGUACAAUAAUGAACAUGGACAAAAGCUCUCAGCACAGAAGGAUGGCAGUGAUACGGUUUGUAAGCUUCCAGUGGAGCGAGAAUCUCUUUUUGAUCGUUUCUUACGCAAGGAAUCAGUGCAGGAAAUGACAGAUAUUGAGUUUAUCAACGAAAGCAAAGUGGAGGUGAAGGGAAUGCGGUACACAAACAGGUUUUCUUCGGAUGAAGUAAAGUAUGGUGCAGAUAGCGUGACCAACUCCGAUGUUAGACCUGAACUGGAACCGCUAAAGUUCGAGAAUGUUACGGACGAUGAGCUUACUUUUAGCGAUGGUGAGAAAGAUUCCACGAAGGAACUGAAAACAAAUGGUGGAAGCCCAGUUAUGAAUAAAGCCUUGAGCCCGGUCGAAAAUGGUGUUGAUUCGGCGAGUGAAUCCAUCUGCAACGGUUUGGAGGAAACAUGCGAGCCAGCGGAGUCUUUAGUAAAAAAUGACCUUUUCUCUGCUGAAGAAUUAAUUACAAAUCUGGGAUACGAAUCUUGUGAAUGUGUAAGUGAGGAUGGAAAUCCAAACUGCGAUGACAAAGCGAGUGAAAGCAAUGAAAGGUGUACGGAGCAAUUUGCGGAAACAGAUCACAGCAGUAUCAAAAGUUCGAAAAUCGCGCGGCUCUUGGAAGAGCCCGACAUGCAAUGUGAGCACUCCAGUAAAAACAGAAAUGACUGUGUGUUGCAGGAUACUGAAGUGUCCGCUUUUGAAAUUAACGUUAAAAAAACCGACAGUGUGUGUCCAACAGAUACCACCGAAAAAAGGCUGGAAAAAGAAAGUAAAAACAAGCAGGCAGCAGACGGUACUGCAGUGGAGAAAGCUGAUGUAAGAGAAAUUCAAGGAUCCAAACUUAAGGAAAAAGAAGCUCCCAAGAGCAACUCCUGUAGUAUACAGCAUAACUCCCUUGAGAAUGUCACCAACGAAUCGGAACUUUCCAACAUCGAGGGAAUGUCGGAUGCUGGGGAACUAAGCGAAACCGAAGUUGGAACGGUGGUAACUCGGGAGAAAGUUAAGAAAAAGAAACGGAGAAAGCAGAAAAGUAGUAAGACCAUUCCCCAGUCGAAUGUGACCAAUCCUCGGCGAAAGUCUAAAGGAAACAAAGUUCGUUCACCCGUAAAAGACGCCAAGACAACUAAACGAAUCAAGCAGCUCGAUUCAGAAAGCGAUGAGGAUGUUUUGCGGAAGAAGAGUAAAGAGACAACAGAAGGAAAUGCGCGUUUAAAAGUUGUCGGUAACUGCAUCACAACGGGACCUAAUAAUUUAAAGAAUUUAAUGGAGUCAAGUCCUCCACCCUCUACGUGUGAUAAUGACAGCAGAAUUAACGAGUUUAACGGUCAUGCUGAAAAGGAUGAUGAAACUGGCUUGUUAUCACCCAACGAAGACGGUUAUUGUUUAAACAAUACUGUCGAAGAAGUUGUUGCCAUGGGGACUGUUGGUUCAGAUCAUUGUGAUAGCAGUCAGGAGACAAACGCUCUCUCGCCAGUCGAGGACGACGGGAAAAAAGAGCCUGGCAGGAAGGAGAAAAGGAUCGGGAAAACCAAACGAAAGAGCGAAGAAAAGGAAAAAGAGAAGGAUAGAUCCACUCCGCCUCAUCUUAUCAGUCAGAACCGUUACGCGCGGGAUCUUCCUCGACAUAACUGGCUUGUGGAGCGCCUUCUACAGCAGAAUAAACUCUGCGCGGAGGACACGAUACAACACACACGUGACACUAGCGACGAUCAAGACAAGGACGAGAACCAGGUUGGUGAUGAGCCAAAGCUACCUAACGCUAGUGACAAAGAAAACCCGAUAGAGAAGUUAAUGAGCUCGCCCGUUGAACCUGUUACUGAAACAACUGAAGUCACUGGUUCAUUUUCGCCCCAACAACAGAGCGAUGAGGAAAGUCCAGGGAGUCCGUCAAAGGAUAGUAUCGAAAAUGAACUUCAUGGUGGUUUAUUGCGAAAAAGUUUUCCUCCGAAUGUGCCCCGAACAUUGCCUCGAUUAAAGCCUUCUCUUGCUGCCGACUCAAGCGUUGGAAGUGUCAGUAAACCUCCUCCCCCGCCGUUAAAACACAGUUUAUCGUCCAAUGAAUCUUGUGGGCUGGAACCUCUACCCAAACUAAGAAAGAUCGUGGAUGAGAACGAACUUGAAAACGAACCUCCGGAGAAAGAGGACUUGAAUUCAGAGAAACAGAAAAAUGACGAGUCAGGAUCAAAUGAAGUAGACCAACGGCGUAAAAUUAUGAGUCCUAUUGAGAUUCUCGACGAUGAAGACGAGAAAAAGAGACGGGAAGAGGAGGAAACAGCCAACGGUGUCAAGGCCUUGACAGCAAACGAGGAACUAAACUCCAGUUUUAAUGAAACGAGCCACAAGGACGGAGAAAAAUCGCCUGCAAAGUCUUCCAGCUCGUCACCACCUGGUAGGCACAAUUCUUUCACUUCUCCCAAGAAACCUUUUGGUGGUGUAAAUCCCACAAUUCCUGGCAAUAUCAGGGAAAAAUUUAGCCGAUCGAUGCACAUUCCACCUCACCGCGCCGCCAUAUUGAUUCCUGUCGUCUCGUCGAUGCACGAUGGUGGUAUACCGAUAACGCCAGGUCUCGGUCCUGCAUCCCCGCACGUGAAGGGUUAUUCUCCAAGGACCUUCACUCCACAUUUACUCACUCAUGGUGCACCGGUCCCUCGACCCAGCAUGUUUGGAAGUCACCUGUCCCAAGGAGGGCGGUAUUCUGCUGCUAACUGUGGACACCAUAUGCACGGUAACAUGAACUCUGGAAUACCUUGCAAACGGGACGUUAACUGUCCUUUCCAUGGAAACAAUCCGAGAGGCAUCCCACCUGGAAUUCUAGAUAUCCCUGGUCAUCAUGGUCCUGUGCACAGCUUUGGACAUCACAACAACCAUGACCAUUUGUCCGCGGUUAUGUCGCGCGAGAGACGCGAGUUUGACAAAGGAUCUAGCCAGUCUCCCCCUGGUAGAGAUCCUCUUGGAGAGAAGCAUACCCUCCAAACGCCUAAAGUGGUUAAACCUAUUGCGCAUGUGCCUGGAAAACGACCUCCAUUGAUGCUAUCACACCUUCAGCAAAUUGGCAAGCAUUCACCGGCGUCCUUAAAAGAACUUGAAGCUUUACACGACGAAAAAGCGAGGCGCUAUGAAGCUGAUAUCUUGCUUUCACCUCGUCAACUGCAGAAGUCCCCAGAUAGAUCCCCCAGGGAACAGGUUGUACCUAACCUUUCUCCACUGCAUGAACGUAGGCCUCACCAUCAGCAGUUCACGUUGUCAGAGCUCAACCGAAGAAGAGAAGAAGAAAUGCUAAAGGGGAAACCCGAUGAGGGAUUGAAGCCCAAGCCACUCCCAGGGGAGUUUGUACCUCCUGGCCUUCCUUCAUCCGCUCGUGGACCUCCUAAGCUUACUCCGCCGCAUUCCACAGAACCAAGCUUGCUUUCUCCUGGACGCGGCCACAGGUCAGGAUCAAUGUCUCCUGUGGAUAAGCGCGACCAGAUACUUUCACUCAGGCGUUUGGUUGAGGACAGGGAGCCUGGGGCCAUCAUGAAUGACUUCCUCAAACCCGGGCCACCACGUCUGCGACCAGUAGAAGAAGGAGACUUGAGAUUGUCAUCUGAAAGACAGAGACGGGAAGAAAUUUUUCUGAAUCGAAGGUAUAGCUCACCAUUUUUAAGAGUGCCGUCAACAAAGGAAUCAUCGAUAUACGCUGGAAAGAUAUCGGAGGGCGUUGAAAUUGUCAGCCCUCGUGGAAUAGAGCCCUCAACGGCCCGAGAACGAGAUUUGGAGGCAUCCCACUUGAAACCGUCACAUUCCAGUAUUAUGAACACAGGUAUCAGAUUCAUUGAAGAUAAAAGGAUGCAAGUUGAAAAAACGAGAGAAACUGUUAGCAGAGAUGAAAAACGCGGUAGAGAACAAGUCAGCCCGGAAAUGGAACGUAGGCUUCGCCUUGAGCAGUUGGAGGAGCAAAAGACUAGAAGCCGGAGUUCGGAUCUUCUUCAGAUCAAAGACAAAGAUCCAAGAAUAGAACUGAGAGACAAGGACAGUGCCAGGAUAGCCGCGUCUGAAAGAGACCGCGCGGAUGACCUGUUGCUUCUCCGUGGUGGUGAAGAGAGCAGUAGACCUAGGAUGCCGUCUGAGGUUUCGCCCUCUUUGCGUCAUAAGUUGUAUCCAGAAAGAGCCUUCCUCCCUGCUGGGUUUCCUGGUCGAUUGGAUCCCCGAAUUGACCCUCGGAUGGUUGCUUUACACGAGUUGGAAAUGCACCGACGCGGAGAAGUGAUUCGAGCCUCGGAGCCUUCGCAUCGAGAAUUACUAAGUCGGAUGGCAUCAUCCUUGCCUAUUAGUAAAGGCGGCUCGCCGAUUGGCAAAUCGAUCUUUGUUAGGCCAGAUGGUUCGUUGGAAAGACGAGGUCCUGACUCCUCUCGUUUACCCUCAGAAGUUCAUGCAUACUCUCCACCAACUUCACUUUCCUCUCGAGAGUUUGGCCCGAUGAUGAAUUCACGACAAGCCAUGGAAAGGCUGGCUGCGGCAGCUGGGAAACCCGGGUCCCUAUUUAGAGAACAGGUUAGAUUUAGUAUUAUCUCGUCAGUGAAUCUGUCACUGCCGAGUUUACUCUAGAACUCUGCUAUAAAAACGAUGAGUUUUUGCGAACUGUUGCUCAGUUAUCCUGUUCCUCAUUGUACAUUUUCAAUACUCUUACAACCAGCAAGCACUCAAAAUACAUGUAUUUGUUUAAAAAUUGCAGAGAACGUACUGCAUAAAGAUACUGUUUUCAUUCGAGUGUCGAAAUUAAGUUUGUUUUAUGAUAUAACAUAAGAUGAAAAACUCCCUUCCUUUGUAAUGCAUACACUUAGUCUUAUGAACUAUAGUCAUCUGGCCCUGACUUCCUUUAAACAACCCCAGCUGUUUAACCCAAUCUAUGAAAGGUAAAGGCAAACCAAUAUAAUGCUUUGCCGCACAUGUUACCGGUUUACCGUUUAUUGAGCAAGGUUUCGAUUACCUGCUUUUAUUGUAAAUUAUUACUAGCGUUAUUCAAUUAAUAGCCGUUCUCUUUACAAUACGAAUUUUGCAGGACCUUGAACGCGAUAGAGAAAGAGAGAGGCAACGGAUGAGUUUAGAGCAGAUAGAGGCCAAUAGAAGACUGUUGCAUGCGGAACUCAAAGACAAAGUGAAUCCACUCGUAUUUAGCAAAGAACAUCAGCUGAGAAUGGAGCAGAAGCGAGAGCAUAUAGACGCAAUGAGGGCGAGAGAAAAGCGACUCGCUGACCGCGAAAGGUUCAUGUUUAUGGAAAGGAUAGCAGAGGAAAGAAAACGAAGGUUCAGUGAAUUGGAUUCUCAUGGUGGAAUUUUAAUCCGUCACUCGUCGCCCCCUCGGUUUGGUCCUUUAGCAGAUCGAGAAGAGUAUGAGAGAGUAAAGAGACUUAAGCUCAGUGAAGUGUCGGUUUCAUCACCCGGAUUAGCGCAGCACUCUAAACAUUCGAGUACGAACCUUCUCCACUCCGAAAGAAAAGAACCAAAGAACCACCACAUUUUAACCUCCUCCCAAGGAAGAGAGAAAUCGAGCGAAACCCCUGAUGCAAGAAUUAACCGCCAGCGGGAAAAUGAACUUGUUAAACAGUCAACAAAUAGCACUUUGUAUGAUCGAGAUACUAUCUGGCAUCGAAAUCGCGGGCAAGGCGGUCGGGCGCAGGAAAGCAUGGAGCAGAAAAGAAAAAGUCUUCAUUCUGAAGCUUCACUUCACGGGUUCAUGCCCCUUAAGGGAGGACCCCUGAUGUCCCAGCGAGAAGACGGGAAAGGCUCCGCUGGUAAGCACGAUGAUGAUGACGUCAACCGUUGCUCGGUGUGCAAACGUGAUGCGUCGUUUCUGUGUUCUGGUUGUCAGGCAGCGUGGUAUUGCAGCUCCGAUUGUCAGGUAGAUAAAUAACCACCUACUCUUUUUUCCGUACGGUACAAUAGAAGUGCUAUUUUUGAACCUCCUAAGGAUAGAAAAUGUUGGUGGUUUGAAAAUUAGAGAGUUUGAUUGGGAAAGGAGAGUAAAUUUUGGUUUGAAUUAUCGGAGUUUUCAAAAACCGGGAGUUCGAGGAAAAGGGAUUCUACUGUACUACGUCAGUUCAUCCCCAUAAUGAUUAUAACCAAUUUUCUCCUUAUAAAAUCGAUACUGUGUCAACCAAAGAAUUUUAGAAAUGAUCAUGUAAGUCCAUUCUCUGUAAUUACUUAUGAUCAGUAAAAUUCUGCUGGCACUCCGUUGCAAAUGUUGUAUUCUGAUUUGCUGACUUGCCAUCAGCUCCGAGAUUGGAACUGGUGGUUAAUAUCAGUGUACGCCAAUAAAUGCUUUAUAAAUAUCACCAGACCGUGCUCCAAUCUUUGCGAUAGGAUAUACUAGCAGGUUUUUACUAAGAUAAUUACAAGGGUUGUUCGCUGUUGGUAUCGGCUUAAAUGAUUGUUUCAGGUCUUCGCCCCGUGUCAACGCCUGCCUUACAGCGAAUUUGGUCAUUAAGCAACGUUUGGUGUACUCUUUUGCCUACGAGCUAAGCGCUCGAAAGAGAGAGGGGUUACUAAAAGGAACAGAAGGUUAAGGGAGGGGAGUCCGAGAGGAGAGGGAGGUAGAGGAGUCCCCCCUUCUUCCUUGCGUGCCCUUCGUGUCUUUUUCCCUUCGCCGAUUUUCCUCUUCCACUUUCCCUUUGGACCUCCUGCCACAAAGGCUGUGUAACAUUUGAAGAAAACGGUUAGCCACUGGGAACAGUUUCCUACCUUCUAUGUUAAAUUGGUUGACCAACCGAUAUAUUAUUGACAGAAAUCUAUGAAAGACUGCAAGCUUAAAGGAAGCGAUUUUGCUCAAGGCUGGUGCCGCUCAAUUGAUUGCUCAUAAUUGAUUAUUGUAGUAUUUUAUGAAAAGAGCAAACCAACUCUCUGAAAACAAGGUGUUUCAUGCGGAUAUUCUAUUUUUUUUUUCAAUUCUAACAGCAAAUUAUUUACUUUUCAUUUUGCAGUUGUCAGCUUGGGGAACACACAACAGAGAGUGCAGUCAGAAUAAGCGUCAAUAGUCACCUCUUAGCGCGAUAUGAAACUUCAAAUGAAAACGGACAAAAAUGCUGAUUUCAUUCAUUCUAGACCCCAGUGCCUUCAGUGUGCUGCAUGCAAAGGAAAGGUCAGGCAUGCGCAAACGUUAAGAGCUCUGGUUUAAAUCAAGAAGUGAUUUUUCAUCUUCUCAUACAAAUAGAGUAUAUAAUAGUCUUGUUUGAAACAUUUCAUCUGAAUGUUCACUCAUUUAAUUUCAUCCACGCCUCAGAAACUAGCAAUUUACCCAAGUUAAAGGGGCAGUCUUGAGGAAAGUAUUAAAAUUCGAUUCUUGUAGCAUAAUUUUGACCAAAAUUCGGAAUAACAGUUUAAUAUUCUCACGUCUCCAACUGGAUGCAUCAAUUUGACGUUUUCUCAUGAGUGUUUUUGUAAAAAAAAAUAUAAUAAAAUAAAUACAUAAAUAGAAGUAAUGAGACGUAACAAGUCAGUACCAGUGUCAUAGACGACACUGGAAAAGAUUUUUCUAGGUUCAAUUUAUCCAUAACUGAAAACAUGCUUUUCUCUGCCCUAGAAUAAUCGCCGGUUUGAAAUAACAUUUGGACUUUGGCAAAAUAUAAAGUAGACGACAAUUUCCUUUUAUUAUGCCACUGGAUGUAAACUGUUUAGACAAAAAUUUAUUCAUUGAUGAUUAAUUUUCCCCUUAAUUCACAUCUAGAAAAAGAGUGUAAUGGUAUGGCGCUGAAUUAUUCCACAGGCAAACGUACUUUUGGCAAUAGUGACGGUAAUGGAAAGCGGAACUGAGAUAGGCCAGAAUUUUACAUAGGUUAAAUUGUUCGGAGGCUUUCAGUUAUAUAGUUCUUCUUCUGUUAUAAUUUGUUUCUUUAUCAGUGUAAAAUUUGCAACAGCCAGUAAGAAAUAAUUGCCAUGGGAUGUCGAGGUUCUUCCCUAAAAUUGUCGUGAGGAAGAUUCGAGGUCGCGCCUAGCUGGCGCGCAAACAAUGCAUAUCCUGUAUCCCAUAGGGUGUACGCGUAUGAUAGAGUACAAAGCGAUCCAGGGAGGUAAUCUGUGUUUUGUGUUUUGUUAUUCUCUAUUAGUUCACAUUACAUUUGUACACAAGUGAUCGAAUAAUUUCCUUUUCACUCGUCAGGAUUGUAUAAUUAUUAUGAUAGUGAAAGUUAAAAAUUUUGUUCGGCGGAACAACGGAAGGAAGCAAGGCUGAUUUUACAGUUGGGAAUAUAAUUAUUGCUGUUAUUUCGAAAGGCACGAUAUUUCACUUGUAAACGAUUGAUAUUAGCCCUGCUUCUUUCCGUUGUUCAUACAUUUAUAGCUGAUUAGAUCCCCUAUAAGGAUCCGGUUCGUCUAUUUUGAAAUGCUGGUCCUUAUUUCCAAGUAGGAAGGAUGUUAUCGUCUACACUGAAUGAUUUACAGACGCAAAAAUCUUCUAAGGAGAAGAAUGUCAUAGUGUUUUUUUUAUAGAAAAGGGAUUUUUAAAAAGAAUCAAUUCUGAAACACUUUUUAGAAGCAUUGUUAUGGUGCCCCUCUAGAUAUCGUCAUGUUCUUACGCGCAUCUCUCGAGAUAUCUAGGCCCGCGCGAGUGUCCCGCGUGAGUGUAGCGUUCUUUAAACCUUGCGUAAAACCUCGACCUAAAUCCAAGCAAGAUUAGUAAAAUGACCAUGGCAUCACAAUAGUAAAUCGAGGACAUUUUUAGAUUCAUGCAAAUUAAAUUAUUAAAGAAACUUCAUAUCUUUAAUUUAUCUCAGACAUGGUCUAUUUAUGUAAAUUUUAAAUUAUGUUGGAUUUAGGAAUGUAAAGUUUUCAGGAAAAAAAAAUGUAUUUAUUUCUGGAUACGAAUUUCUCCGUGGCGGUUGUAAUGUAUAAGGAUAACAUCUCAACGUCAUUUUCAAUAAAUUCUUUCCCAUU